AUGGCCUCCACCAAGCCCUUCCUCGACGCCGUCAAGGAGCGUCGCACCUACUACCAGCUCAACAACACCUCUCCCGUCUCCGACGAGCGCAUCAAGGAGAUCGUCAACGACGUCGUCCUGUCCGUCCCCUCGUCCUUCAACAGCCAGAGCGCCCGCGUCGUCGUCCUGCUCAAGGGCGAGCACGAGAAGUUCUGGGACAUCACCAAGGACGUCCUCAAGCCCCAGGUCCCCGCCGACGCCUUCCCCGCCACUGAGGCCAAGCUGAACGGCUUCCGCGCCGCCUACGGCACCAUCCUCUUCUUCGAGGACCCCGCCCCGGUCAAGGAGCUCCAGAGCAAGUUCGCCCUGUACGCGGCCCACUUCCCCGUCUGGUCGGAGCACACGUCGGCCAUGCACCAGUUCGCGCUGUGGACCGGCCUCGAGGCCGAGGGCUUCGGCGCCAACCUGCAGCACUACAACCCGGUCGUCGACCAGAAGGUCCAGGACGAGUGGAAGGUGCCCCAGGAGUGGCAGCUGCGCGCCCAGCUCGUCUUCGGCGGCCGCGCCGGCGAGGCCGGCCCCAAGGACCAGAAGCCGCUCAACGAGCGCGUCUUCUUCCACGGCGCGUAA